AAGAGAGAUGUAGAUAUAGAGAGAUAUAGAAAGAUAUAGAAAAGAGGUCACGUUGUGAAAAUGUAUACUGCGUAUAUACGGGUAUGAUCGACAGUGCUGCUUGUUAAGUUCAUUUUGUUAUAUUAAUUUUCCUAAGUUGAACUAUGCCUCAUUUGUGUUUAGUAGUUAUCUUUUAAGUUGAUGCUCCAAUAGUGAAGAUUUGGUGCAAGGGGCAGUGUUUUAUCAGUUUUAUUUAUAUUUUUUUUUAAUGAACAUGUCCGUUUAGCUAGGUAGUUCUGGGGAGUGCCUGUUCUUUAUAUACAUAUAUAUCAAUAAGCAUAAUACAUUUUUAAAGAGCCAGCAAGUCAUUCUGGGCAAAUUAAGCAUUUCCGUUAUACAGUCAUUGAAUCGAAUUCAUUUGUCAUAUUGCUGUUCAAUAUUUAGUCGUGUAGCUAUGGAAGCUAUAAUUCUGGAUGUAAAUGUGAAGGGUGCGCUUUUAAAAAGGCUAGAAUGAACGCAUCCGCGCGUUUAUCAGCAUCGGGCCGAUUUCACAAUACGCAAUAAAUGAGGAUUUGAGCCGUAUAUAUUGACUGUGUGGAUUGACUAGCUUUGGCAAAGGUGUCGUCUGGUUUCUGUAGCAUGUUUCCAACUCUGUUACCAGUUUCUCGUAAUCUCACCUCGUUGUCUAAUAUCAAACUAUGAUUAACAGGUUUCAGAAACGCAUUUCAAAUACCUCUUCGUAGCAUCCGUUUGGUGUCCGGAAGCAAUAAUGAACAGAAUGGUGAUAGGGUGUUCAGGCAUAGACACCGUACCUCCUGUUACAAUGUCAAUGUCGGGCCUGAUCGGGGCCAUUUUUGUCCGAGUUGUGCCGCAGCACUGGCGUGUCGCUGUCCCCGCUGGCUGGGUGCUCCAUUUUCUGCUCUGGGAUGAAAAGUGUGACCACAGGCUUUGUGGAGCCAUCCUGCUUCUCAUCGAGCGCGAGACCGAAAGGUGCACACCUGUAAAUAUCCACCUUGGUUAUACGUGCUGCAGGACAUGUUGCUGAUUUAAUACAAGCUAAACUGUUGGUGCUGCUUUUUUUUGACAAUCUUGUACAGUGUAGAGAGAUCACAUCCAAGCAUCAUCCUUUUGUUUUCACCAUUUAAACUACUUGUCAGGAAUUUAAGGUGUUUCCAUUAAUUUUUCAUAUUUGCACUACGUUUCAGAAUUUCUUGCUCGGAGGUAGAUGCCGCUAAACUCGAACUGCAAACAGUCUUAAAGCCAGUCACGAUGUGCUGUGUGCUUUGUAACACACUGUGUCUCUGUGUCAAACCCGUGUUCAGAAGCACCAUAGGGGUGUGUGUUUCAUGAAGCCUGCCACCUGUCACCCCCAUCCUGUGGAAGCGCAGCAUGUGAUUAAAUACCCAUGGUGGGGUCCCUGGUGUCUUCUCUUAAUGAACAUGUCUGUGUUUAGGGAGUUCAGGCAUUCUGCUGCAAGAUUAGGGGAACUGAAAUGGACAAUUCUCAGGAUAAUAUCAAUACACAGUACUGUAACUCUGCUAAAUGUGUAUCAUACUGUACAAUACGUUUGCUCUACUUGCACAGAUUAAGUAGGUUUUGGAACCUGAAGAAUAGGUGUGAUUCCUCCACCCCCAAUAUAUUUUAAUUAGUGGUGUGUGUUUUUUAUUUUAUAUAUUUACUAUUUACUUGGUUUGAUUAGUUAGAUGGAUGAUUAGCUACAGAAAGUGUAUACAACGUGACAUCGAGAUCAGAAAUGGUUGCUUUCUCCCAAUGUAUAAAAUUCCUGCAGAGUGCAUAUGAAGUUUGGUUUAAAGAACUGGACAACUCAAAUUUUGCAUGCGAGAUUGUUUCAAAGGGUUGUUUUUGUUUUUUAAUUUUAUGUAAAAGCUCUGGGCUUUGAACAUGACCUGUACGGCACUAAGUACCAGUGAGAAUGGUAUACCACCAUUUUUUUUUUACAUGAUUGUUUGCUAUGCGAGUUUUCUAUCAUGGAAAAAGUUGUGAUGUACUGUGAAAUUCAUUCCGUACAUACUUUGAGAAUAAAAAUGGAUAAAACAAACUGAAUUCUCACUUUUUAAAUAAUGUGGUAUUGCUGGGAAUUUCAUUUUUACUUGGUCCCGUAUGGGAUUUACAUGGGAGAAAAUAAAUAAGUUAAACGAGUUUGUCGUGUGGCUCCUAUUUAAGCUAAAGUGAACGGUAAUUGAACCCUGAGGUCUAAUGUUUACUGUACUUUUUAGUAGGAGAAAUGCAGAGACGUUAAGCCAUUAGGUCGCCUACUUAUCUGUGUGGGCCUAAGUAUGAAUGUGGAGUUCUGGGUGAAAAGCCCUUUGCUCUGGGUGAACACUAUGGGUUAACACUAGGGGUUAACACUAGGGGCAGGGUCAGCACUUGCGAUCGAAGGAAGUCACAUUUGUCACUAGAGGUAUUUUAAGCUGGGUUCAGCGCCAGUUAGGAGGCACCACGGCAUAACAUCUACGAUCGGUAAGACGCUAUAUUUUAUUUCCGAUGUUUUCGCUUAGUGUGCGGCGCACGUGGGGAGGGAUGGGCGAACCUUAAUCCGGAUCCCCCACGUGUGUGACGUUAUCCGCCGACGGCCAGCUAAUGCUCUAUAACUUACAAACUCUACCACGAGUUAGUCUUUCCCGGUACAAGUGGACCCAGUCAUUGCGAUUUUCUGCCCUUAAAAGGUUAAGAACUUUGAAAUACCGUUUUAAAGAUUUGGUAAGUUUGCGUUUUUAAGCAAGCCUACCAAGUUGUAAUUUAUACGGCAAAUACCUCUCCGGCAGCCCACUGAAAUGAAUAUUUUGUCUCAAUCACGUUGCGAUGAUUGAGAGAAGUCAAUGUAUUAUAAAAUACUCACUUCUGAAAAUAAGGCGCGAAACAUGCAAGUAAAAUCACAAACGAUUCCACGCGAAUGAUUUUAAUUUGUAAUGCAGUCUAAACGAUUAAACAUCUACCUUAAAUUUAAGUUCGUAGUCGGAGUCCACGCUUUAAUUAGAUGUUUUAAAGCUUAACUUAUUUAAAGGAAUUUUAUCUUUGAAACAUAUGUAAUGGAUACAUUUAUCAUCGUACAACUUAGUAACAAUACAGUAAGGCAUUCCUUUGCUUUGACAACCGUUUUAUUUUCCAAUCUCAAAAUUAAUAUCAAAGAAUGCAUACUUAUUUCCCACGAAAGACCACUCAAUCAUACAUUUAUUACAAACUAUAUCGGCCAUGAUGUGUUCCGAGUAUGAAUAAACGUGGAUAACGUACUGGAAACAUUCGCAUCUGAAAACCAGCCCGAUCAUCUUAACACAUCUUCCCAAGGUAACAGUAAUAAGGAAAUUAAAAGGUUUAAUGGUUUCUUUUGGCCACAAACAUAACCGUUUCCCCCUGUUGCUCCAGACUGAUAAUGUCCGCAGCAGCGUCUUCGGCUAGCACACCUCCGGACGGCGGGUGGGGCUGGGCCGUGGUGCUCGGCGCCUUCAUCUCCAUAGGCUUCUCCUACGCCUUUCCCAAAGCCCUGACCAUCUACUUCAAGGAGAUCCAGGAGUACUUCUCAGUGUCCUACAGCGAGAUUGCCUGGGUGUCCUCUAUCAUGCUGGCUACCAUGUAUGCGGGAGGACCUUUCAGCAGCAUCCUGGUGAACCGGCAUGGCAGCCGACCCGUGGUCAUAGCUGGGGGGAUUAUGUGCGGCGUUGCCAUGGUGACUGCCUCCUUUGGAAGCACCAUUUUGCAUCUGUACAUAUGUAUCGGAGUCAUCGGAGGUCUCGGUCUGUCCUUUAACCUGCAGCCGUCUCUGACCAUAAUCGGGCAGUACUUCCUGGCCAGGAGGCCUAUCGCCAACGGCCUGGCCAUGGCAGGAAGCCCUGUCUUCCUCUCCACCCUGGCCCCCCUCAAUCAGUUCCUCUUUGAUCAUUUCGGCUGGAGGGGGGGGUUCUUCAUCCUUGGGGCUAUGCUGUUGAAUUGUUGUGUAGCCGGAGCGCUGAUGAGGCCCAUUUCAGGAAAAGCAGGGCGGCGGCCGGCCGAGAAGGUCACCGGAACCAUUCCUGGGUUCCAUUCUACGAACGGUUCUGUCGGUGUGUCAGAGCCGGAGAGGAUGACGUGCAUCGACAACGUCAGCAAGUUCGUUGAUUUCUCACUCUUCAAGCACCGUGGCUUCCUCAUCUACCUGGUGGGGAAUGUGGUCAUGUUCUUUGGCUUCUUUGCCCCCAUCGUCUUCCUUGCCCCUUAUGCCAAGCACCAGGGCAUCGACGAGUACUCAGCUGCCUUCCUGCUCUCUAUCCUGGCCAUGGUGGACAUGGUUUCCCGCCCUAGUACAGGUCUGCUGGCCAACACCAAGUGGGUCCGACCACGGAUCCAGUAUCUGUUCAGUUUUGCCGUGGCCUACAACGGCGUGUGCCACCUGCUGUGUCCCUUGGUCACCAGCUACGGGGGCCUGGUGGCCUACUCGCUCUUCUUUGGGGUGGCGUUCGGCAUGGUCUGCGCCCUGCUCUUCGAGUGCCUGAUGGACCUGGUUGGCGCACAGCGAUUCUCCAGUGCCGUUGGGCUUGUCACCAUCAUGGAGUGUUGUCCUGUGCUGCUCGGACCACCAGUUGGAGGGGCGCUGGUGGACGUCUUCGGUGACUACAAGCCCAUGUACCUGCUGUGUGGGGGGGUGAUGCUCAGCGCCGGGCUCUUCCUCUUCGUCAUGAACUUCUACAACUACCGGCUACUGGAGUGUGAGCAGCGGGCGCUGGCUGCGGAGGUGAAGGAGCUGUGUGCCAUGGGGGGGGCAGCAGCGGAGGAAGCGGGUGCCACUGGCCAAGGACAGCAUGUGGAGGAGGCUGGCCGGCCGGAGACUUGGGUCACCCAUACAUGACCAUGUGGACCAUUCCAUGGAACCGAUGACACCUGUCAGACGGGUGUCCCACUGUGGACUGCGCUCUGCUCUGGGACUGGCUUCCCUGUGACGGUGCCAUAAUUAGAAAUACUUCCCCUCUGGUUCAUCAGGCUACUACAGACAUGAAGAACAUAAAGACCAGUAAAGCGAAACACAAACACUCCCCCCCGCGCCCCCCCCCAAGGCCCCUUUUAGUUUUCAUGUCAGGCCGGAUGCAUUUUUCACAGCAGUGACAGGCUAACCCUAUACGCUCACCUCAUUGUGUGUAAAUUACAGGAGCAGAGGGACACACUGUCACACUGUCACAGUGUCACACGCAGGCCGCAAAUAUCGCUUCUUUUUACAAGGUCUAGUUUUUCUUUGCUUUAAAAUUCUGCACGUAUCUGGCGACCAAGAAGACGAAAAAAGUGGGUGUGGGUUCCGAAAACGAACACAUAAUAACCUACGAUCUUCCGUCAUUAUCAGCCAUUUUAGUUGCUGUCAGCAGUACAGCAGUCUGACGUCCCUGGAUGGUGAUAAAUCAGUUUGCUUAUGGGUCAUCAUUGUAUAUCAGGAACACAAUGUACAAUACAUCAGAGUUUUUUUGUCUUUAUUUUUAAAUCAUGUGAGAUGUUGUAAAACCCAGCAUUAGCAAAUUCAUUCUAGCAAUUUCUAUGUUGCACUGAAAUUCAGCUACCUCAGAGGACACCGCUCAGCAUUAAAUAACCAUAUGCUACCCUUGGAAGAGAGUCAUUUAUCUGUAAUCCAGCCCCAUCUGAAGGAAAUGUAUAUUUUGUCUGAGCAAAUAUAAAACGUCAAGUCAGCUGGUAGCUAUGGGCAUAUAGAUGCUACAGUGAGACUUCAGUGAAGUUCCAUAUCUUAUGACAGAUUCUCUGCGUCAUGUCGAAGCAGGUAGUGCCCCCAUUAUCCAGACAGCUUCACCUGCUGGGCUCUUUGUGAAAAUGAGCGUCAUAAAAAUUACACUCCAAUUCUAAAAGGGUAAAUGUUAAAGAUAGGCCUGUCUUUUGCUGCCUGUGGUCUGUGUGAAACCAGCAAACAGAAGAAGUACGUUGGUAUAUAUGAUUUACAGGCAAAUUGCUUUUUGUUCCUGUGAAGCGACCGCGGUAGUUUAAUUUUGCACAGCGAUUACAAAGCCUAGGGACGACGCUGAAAUGUCACAUCUAAGGGUGUGAGUGCCUAAUAAUGCAUGGCCGGCACCCUGCGGGAAGUUCUGGGCCAGUGCCUGUAGCUGCAUGGUGCCUCUGACACUCAGCGAAUCGCCAAAGCGGUAAAUAAAUUACAAUCCAUGUUGGAGGUCCCUGGACGGGCCCUUGGAUGGCGGGUGAGGGGCCCCAGAGACGCAGGGUUCCUGCUGAGGCAGCGUACCCCCCACUCUCCGGCAGCCCCGCCCACCAGCAUCCCAAACUCAAAACUUUCACGGCCCGCAGCCCAUGCCCUUCAGCGUCCCCCUAACCACGCUCGUCACGGUGACUGAAGCUGCUGUCACUCUGCAGAAAGGUGAAGGUGGGCUGGCCCUGAAUAGGUGGGGCGAGCCUGGCCCAGAGUGCCGCGGCACAGCGAGGUGACUGCUGGCGGUGCGGUGACUGCUCGCGGUGUGGCUCGGAAUGCGCGGCACUGUGGAAUACAAUGGGAAGGUGACCCCAUUAAGCAAGGCUGUUUGUAGGGCUUGGGGACCCAAUAGAAACCUGCAUGUGUCAUAGAGCCCUCUCCAGUUGGGGGGGGGGGCACCAUGUGACGAGGCCAUAUCCGUGCGUUCUGCAAGCAGAAAUGAGGCGAGUCAACCUCAAUCUCUGACUCCAACUAGGUCCGGCUUCUUGGAGGAACUUUGGCUCCUGGGGGACUAGAGUCCCAAGUGGGUAAGGGUACAGAGAGGUAAUCUGGGAGAGACUCCCCAAGUAAGGGGGGAGGCAGGAACGGGGGUGCAGGCUUAGCGCUGGGAGAGCUCUGCCUCCAUCAUGGUGUUUUACGGAGAGUACAAAUGGCUAAUCGCGCUGAUUAGAUAAAGGCUGCGGUUUGUCCCCGCAUUCUGUGAUACUUCUCUGAAAGGCCAAUGGGCAAACGUCUGCUGUGAAGAUGAACCUCUGCAUUUCCACACCGGCCCUCCAGUUCCCUGCAAGGACACUAGACUUGAUGAAUCUGGGGUCGAGAUUCACAUCCCCAACGCCAUCCAUAUUAGCAUAAUCCUGUCGCAUUAAAUACAAAGGUUACUUUCCCACCGGGUGCAUCUGUGCAUUUUUAAUUAGCGCUUUUAGCAUUAAUACGUGUACAAGGUUCAGGCCUCAUUAUGAAAAAACAUCUGAAAGGUUUUUUGGCAAAAUGGGUUUUUGACAAUCUGAGGGACUCAGGACUCCAGCAGGACACAUGCUAACAUGACGACGGGAAGCUGCUUACUCUGUCAUCCACGGUGACCUGGAUUAAAACGGAGCUUGGAGCUGACACAUGAGGAACCCCUUCAGAGAGGCCUGCCUUACUCCCAGCUUACUUCCAGCUAGACAGUGUGAACUGGGACUUUGCCAUAUUGCUCAUUUGACUUUUUCUGCUGCCCUUUGAGUCUGGUUCCUCCCAAGGUUUCUUCCUUCUAUUGAGUUUUUCCUUUGCCACAGUCGCCCCUGGCUUGCUGAGUCGGGGCUUUGGGUGGAGAUUCUAUAAAGCGCUUAUGAGAAUGUAAUGUUAUGCAACUGUACUAUACAAAUAAAAUUGAAAUGAAUUGA